AUGCAGUUAUUGGCAUCGACACGGAGGGACUAUGGAAGAAUCGAAGAGGAGUUGUCACGUCUGCAGCUAGAGAAUGAGGCAGCAAAAGAGGAGGUGAAGGAGCUGCUACAGGCCCUGAAGGAGCUUGCUAUCAGCUAUGAUCAGAAGAGCCAGGAGGUGGAAGAGAGAGGACGCAACAAUGAACAGCUCUCAGAGGAGCUGAUGCAGAAGAGCGCAGCACUGGCGUGUGUUGAGAGGGAGUUGGCCCAGCUGCAGGAGUUGAGCAGCCACCAUAAGAAGAGAGCUGCAGAGAUCCUCAGUCUUCUGCUUAGAGACCUCAGUGAGAUUGGCAGUAUCAUUGGCACUAGUGAUCUGAAAGCUAUGAAUGAGGCAAAUGGUGUGAUUGAGGAGGAGUUUACAAUGGCGAGACUCUACAUCAGUAAGAUGAAGUCGGAGGUGAACUCUCUGGUCAAUCGCAGUAAACAGUUAGAGAGUGCCCAGGCUGAAACUGCACACAAGAUGGCGGCCAAUGAAAAAGAGCUGGCUUCCUGUCAGCUCCUGAUCUUCCAGCACCAGGCGAAGAUCAGAUCUCUGACAGACUACAUGCAGAACAUGGAGCAGAGGAAGAGACAGCUGGAGGAAAGCCAGGACUCACUGAUGGAGGAGCUGGCCAAGCUCCAUGCCCAGGAAAAGAUGCAUGAAGUCUCUGUGAUGGACAGGGAGAAGGAGCAUAUGAGCAAAAUGCAGGAGGAGAUGAAGAGGACUCUGGAGGAGCAGAUGGAGAGCCACAGAGAAGCCCACCAGAAGCAGCUCGCUCGUCUUCAUGAUGAAAUUGAUGACAAGCAGAGGACUCUGGAUGAGCUCAAAGAUCUGAACCAGGCUCUUCAGCUGGAACAGAAGAAGCUCAUCUCCGACUAUGACAAACUCAAACAGGAGGAGCAAGAAAAAGAUGAGAGGCUGCAAAAGCUCAUCAUGUUGAAUGUGAAGAGGGAGGAGGCCAAGGAAGAUUUCAAAGGCCUGGACGAGACUGUGGCCAAGGAGCUCCAAACUCUUCACAACCUGAGGAAAGUCUUCAUUCAGGACCUCACCACAGGAGCCAAAAGGAGUGCUGAGCUGGAUUGUGAUGAGUCAGGUGGUAGUCUAGCUCAGAAACAGAAGAUUGCAUUCUUGGAGAAUAAUCUGGAGCAACUCACUAAAGUCCACAAACAGCUGGUGCGUGACAAUGCAGAUCUGCGUUGUGAGGUGCCUAAACUGGAAAAGCGUCUGUGUGCGACUGCAGAGAGGGUGAAGGCUCUGGAGGCUGCACUCAGGGAGGCCAAGGAGAAUGCUAUGAGAGACAGAAAACGCUACCAGCAGGAGGUGGACAGGAUAAAAGAGGCUGUGAGAGCGAAGAACCAGGCCCGGCGGAGCCAUAAUGCACAGAUUGCAAAGCCUGUUCCUGCUGGGCAUCAUCAUCAAGUAGCCCCUCCCACAUCAAGCUCUUCCAUACAAGGAGGUGGAGCAGCGACCACCACCACCACCAUCAGCAGCAGCAGCAGCAGCAGCAGCACAAGCAGCAUCACAGUAGCAAGUGAAGGACAGGUUACGGUGAAAGUCCUGUCUCCAGAGUAG